AUGAGUGGCUCGACGAGGAAACUCGUCUAUGGGUUGCAGGUACAAGGAGUCCGUCAGAGGCGGCGUCGAGAUCGGAGUCGGAUUCGUGUGCACGAGUUCAUGACAAGACGGGCAUCGGAAAACGGGAGAGAAGGAGGGACCAAGGCAAGGCGCGUCAACCUAUCGGGUGUCUUGUUGGUCCGAGUUGCUGGUCGCUGGUCGCGGGAGCACAAAUCAACUGACGGCGGCGGCGAGGUUGAACGGCAGACGAGUCGUGGGGAGGAUUUGCAAAGGACGACGUCGCCGAAGGGGAGUGCCGGAAAACCAAGUUGCGAAUUUGGUCGACAGAGCAGAAGAAAAGGAUGA